CCAAUACUCCAAUCUAGACCAUGCUCUCCCCCUCAAAGUCGAACAAUCUCGGAACAAUCUCUACUCUUUCACCUGUUUCCACUGAGCGAUGUUACUGCAUCUCCGUACACAAAACAUAUUCAGACAGAAGCUUUCAAUUCCUCAUCACUAGUACCUUCUCUGUCUUCUCUCAUCGAUUUUCAAUUCCAUUUACCCUCACGCAGGUCCUCUGCAACCCAAAUAUCCACAGAAAAAUGAAAAAACAGAAUUCAUUUUUCCAAACAUAGAUUCUCUCCUUUUAUCAAACAAGCCAUUCUCUUCUUAUUCUUUUCUAUUCUGCAUGGCCUUAAACAAGAAAGAAAACCACCAACAUCUACUUCUUCACAGUAAUAGUAGUAGUGAAAGUAAUUCAUCUCCCAGCUCACCUUCUUGUUCACCUCGUCGUCGUCCUUCUUCCCCAAGUGCUCCACCACCUCAUUACAACAACAGAACAAGGAGAAUAUUUGAUUUAAGAAAACCCCAAAAUCGAAUUAGUUGUAGUUUUAUGGUCUUAAUUAGAAAUCUCAGGUUUUUGUUAGUAUUACCUUUGUUGUAUAUCUCAGUUUUUUGUAUAUAUGUGGGGAAUUUUGCCGACAUUGUAAAUCAAAGUCCUCUUCCUGGUUCUAUUUACCGUUCUCCUGAGAUCUUCAUCAAGCUGUUGCCUCAAAUCCAGUCUGAUAAUGCUUCUUCACUUCAGGUCUUGAGGAAGUGGGGGUAUCUUUUAAUGUUGUCCUCCGUAUGGAAAUAUGAUCGAGGGCAGAAAAGUCAGAAAGCUUGUGUUGAUACUUCCAUUGUACAACAUUCUGGUUUGCCUGACGCUAGGGGUUACUUAAUUGUGGAUGCAAAUGGUGGUCUUAAUCAACAACGUUCAUCGAUUUGCAAUGCGGUGGCUGUCGCGGGGAUUUUGAAUGCGGUACUUGUCAUUCCUCGCUUUGAAUUCCACAACAUCUGGCAGGAUUCAAGUGACUUUGGAGAUAUCUACGAUAUGGACCAUUUCAUAUCCACGCUUAAGGGCCAUGUGACGGUGAUCAGGGAGCUACCUAAGGUAUUGCUGGAACAGUAUGAUUACAACAUCAGUAAUAUUCUGAAUAUCAGAGUUAAAGCUUGGGCCCCAGUAAGCUAUUAUUUGGGAGAAGUCCAAUCUGUCUUGCAUGAAAAAGGAGUUAUCCGCAUAGCCCCGUUUGCGAACAGAUUGGCGAUGGAAAUUCCACCCAGCUUUCAAUAUCUUAGAUGCUUAACCAAUUAUAAAGCAUUACAAUUUGCUGAUCCCAUCUCAGUGCUUGCCGAGCAGUUGGUUCGACGCAUGAUUGAGAAGAGCACCAAGACUGGUGGAAAGUAUGUGGCAGUCCACCUUCGUUUCGAAGAGGAUAUGGUGGCCUUCUCAUGCUGCACCUAUGACGGAGGGGAGACUGAAAAAAUGGAAAUGGAAGCUGCUCGUGAAAAAGGGUGGAGGGACAAGUUCAAACGCAAAACUUACAUCAUUAGACCUGGCCUGAAUCGAAUCAAUGGAAAAUGCCCCAUGACUCCAUUAGAGGUGGGAAUGAUGCUUAGGGGUAUGGGUUUUGGUAACAACACUUCAAUAUAUCUGACAUCUGGCAAAAUAUACCAGGCCAAAAGGAAUUUAGCUCCUCUACUUCAGAUGUUUCCUCUUCUGCAGACCAAGGAGUCCUUGGCAACCUCAGAUGAACUUGCACCAUUUGAGGGUUACGCUUCGAGGUUGGCUGCUUUGGAUUACACUGUGUGCUUGUACAGUGAAGUCUUUGUGACAACUCAAGGUGGAAAUUUUCCACAUUUUCUAAUGGGCCAUCGACGCUUUCUUUAUGGACAUGCCAAGACCAUCAAACCUGACAAAGGCAAGCUAGUUCUACUGCUACAGAACACGACUAUCAGUUGGAACACAUUUAAAGCGCAGAUGGAAGCUAUGCUUGCAAAAAGCAAUCGUGAGGGAAAGAUGCUUUUGAAAACCAGAAUGGGCAGCAGAAGAACUUCAGUCUACGCGUACCCAUCUGAAGAGUGCAUGUGCGUGGAGGGAUCUUCAUAUUCAACUCCUGGGUAAUUUCAUGAUGUCCAGGAACUGGACAAGUGUUAUCUGCCAUGUAAGAGACAUAUCACCUUCACAAUUUCCAUAUUUUGUGCAUUCUUCAGCUAUUCAUCAGAAGUUGCAUGCUACUCUCUGACAUGAGUACUCCAAAAUAGGGCUCCAUAUGUUCUAAGAAUACGUUAACUUGCAGAGUGUCAAGAGUCGUGCUGUAUUAGGGCGAAGUCCUAGUGUGUGGCCUACAACUCGCCUUGCCUCAAGUUAUUUAUUUUAUUUUAUUUUCCAUUAUCAUUUUUUUCAUAUUUUUUAUGUCACCUAGGAAGACCCUGCAGAGGUGAUUGUGCCCUUGGGGAUAUUGUAUAGGCCAAGAGUCCAGGCAUACAUACACGUUUUGUAAAGUCCCAAUCUGUCAGUGCUUAUAGAUUUAUUUGGAAAUGGAAGUUCUAAUUUUCCUUAA